CAUUUUAUUUCGUUUGAGGAUGCGCUCGCGCCUGUUACUCCUGCUGAAACGCUGCUCCGCCUGGACGCGGCACUGGCUGCUGGUCAUUGGCUGCCUUCUUCUGCGGCUACUCCGCGCUGUGAGCGCUCGUCUGCGGGAUGUUACGGCCCAGGCGGGCGACGAGACCAGCUUGCUGGCCAUACGCCUGACGGUCAAUCGCGGCCUGCACAUGGCCGAGCGCUUACUCUGGUUCCUGGUGAUCUUGGGCAGCGUCUUUGCUGUCUACAUGCUCAGCGAGGUGCAGAUAGCGAGGUAUCUGACCUCGCCCACGGUCAUCUCGGUGGAUCGCGAUUAUCGGGGCUGGAAUGGUUCGCUGCCAGCGGUUACGCUGUGCUAUUAUGAUCACAUCGAUUCGUUCAAGGCCAACAAGCUGAUACAGGAGGCGUGGAAUGUGUCCAUCAUUGAUGAGGACUACUUUUAUAUCAUGGACUUUCUCUAUGCGGUCGUCAAUGCCACCGCCAGCAACUACGCGGAGCUCACCAAGUUUGCGAGCGACGAGCGCUUCGAUCAGAUUGAUUUGUACGACAUAAUUCAGACCAUUAACCGACCCUUCGAGCAGGUCAUCAGCAGCUUUGAUGCCAACUUCAAGGUCCAUGUGCAGAUGGUCAUGACGGAGCGCGGCUCCUGCUAUGCCAUCAACUCACCCAUGUCCGCGGUGCUGGGCAAGAAACCCGUGCAGUACGAGCAGCUGCAGGAGCCGCUCACCUGCCAAUACGGCAAGCAACAGUGCUAUAUAAGCAUGGAUCUCUACGAGAGCACGGGCGUGCUGGAUGUGCACUCACCCUAUGAGGUGUCCGCCACGGAGGCCAACAUUGUCGCUCUGCACAAGUCGGAUGAAAUAACGGCCUCGUUUAAGGUGCUCGAGACGGUAGCUUCGAAGAACCUGCGGGAGCUUAGCGUGGAGCAGCGCAAGUGCGUUUUCAAUGACGAGGAAACCUCCAAUCUCAAGAUCUAUAGCAAGUCGUUGUGCCUGGCACGCUGUCGCGCCAUCAUGGCGCUGGAAAUGUGCAACUGUGUGCCCUUCUUCUAUCCGUUUGUGGAGGGACCCAGCUGCAAUCCGGCGGGCUUUGAGUGCCUGCUGGAUUUUAAGUGGCCCAUCUGGGCGCUGCACAUUUGCAAGUGUCCAUCGACCUGCACGGAAAUCGAGUACACCAUGCAGACGAUGAAGAAGAGCUCGUGGGGCAUGAAAAACAACGAGGAGGCGGCGAGCGUUGAGACGGCCACUUCAAGCUUUCGCUGGGAUCUGAUACCACCCAAGGUGCGCUUUCGGCGGGAUGUCGUUUUCAGUUUUGAGGAUCUGAUUGUAUCCUUUGGCGGUGUUCUGGCCCUCUUUGUCGGCGUCAGCGUCAUGGGUCUGGUGCAAAUGGGCUAUGUUAUCGUCUUCAAUGUUUUGCUGGACAUAUUUAAAUUGCUGCGCUUCAUCCACUUGCAUUUGCGGGCACGUUGUCGCCGCCCCACCAAGCUACCCAAACAUUCCAUUCACAGUCAGAGCAAUGUUUCAAGGGCGGAAACAGCAGAGCUGCCGUUGUUUGAAUAUGUUAACUAAUUUUUAAUGAACAGAAAAACGUUUUAGCUACACA